CUUUGUAUCAAUAUCUAAAUAGCCAUGUUUAUUCAAUUGCUUACACUAGAUACUUUAAUGGUUGUUGCAGAACAAUUCACUACCAUUCAACAAAUACGCAUUCUUGACAACCCAUAUCGCUUUUGCAAUCGAAGAUGGACAACCAAGGCUUACCUUCUCGAACCAGGAAGACACCAUCACUCAACAACUCAAUGACGGCGUUCGCGCUCUGAUGCUCGAUACCUACGACUUCGAGGGAGACAUAUGGCUCUGCCAUUCCUUUGGAGGCCAAUGCUACGAUUACACCAAAUUUGAACCUGCGCUAAACACGUUGAGGGAAAUUGAGGCGUUCAUGUCGCGAAAUCCAUCUGAAAUCGUGACAAUAAUUCUCGAAGACUACGUGAAGACACCGAAGGGAUUGACAAAGGUUUUCCACAGACACAGGUCUAAUGAAGUACUGGUUUCCCUGUCCAAAAUGCCGAAAAACGGCGGUGAUUGGCCGCGCGACGCCGACAUGGUGGCCGGCAAUCAAAGGCUGCUCGUGUUCACUUCUUCAAAAUCCAAGGAAGCCACCGAAGGCAUCGCUUACCAGUGGAAUUACAUGGUCAAAAAUCAAUAUGGGGAUGAUGGAAUGAAGGACAAGUGUUUCAAUAGAGGAGAGUCUUCGGUUCUUAGCGACACCUCGAAAUCGUUGGUUCUGGUCAACUAUUUCAGGUCGGUGCCGAUGAAACUGCUCACAUGUGUGGAGAACUCUGGUGCCCUCGCCAAUAUGCCACACACGUGUCAUGCCGCUACCGGCAACCGUUGGGCUAAUUUUGUGGCUGUCGAUUAUUAUAAGAGGAGUGAAGGAGGAGGAACAUUUGAAGCGACGGAUUUGUUAAAUGGAGAGCUCUUGUGCGGAUGCAACGACGUCCAUUCUUGCGUUGUAAUAAGUUCUUAGCUAAAUUUGUUUUAUUUUAGCCACAUAUCAUUCUUUAUUUAUAUUCUUGAUUUUCGUAAUUUUAUAAAUUUAAUACACAUACUACUAUUAUAUAGUAGUAAAAUCUUUAUGAAGGAGUAAUAUACUUAGUUUGAUAUGAGUA